CAUGUCAUUAAGCAAUGUAAAUUGACCGAGAGGAAUUUUAGCCUGCAUGUACAUGUAAAUAAACGAAUGACCCGAUUGAACGUGUACACUACAUUUUUGUAUAUGUGUACAACAUGUAUUGUUACAUGUAAGUACAAGACAAUUUAAAUUAUAUAAAAUGCCAUGAAGGUUUGGAGAUAUGUCAGGACAUUUCAGGUUUGCAUAGUAACUCCUCGAGGUGUUGAACAUUCACCGAGACCAAAACAUGUGUGAAUCUGUGAUGAAUAGAACUGGGUCACUGUUACAUCGGCUUAAAACAGAACCAGAAUACAGAUUAAGAUUUCUGACAUUCCUGAGCUUGGUCUGGUCAUUCUUUAUUUUGGGAUGGAUUCUUGGACAAUUUGGGCCAUCAAUUUUCGAUUUACAGUACAUUACUAACACAGAUUUGGAGGGAGCAUCAUUUUACUACAUAUCACAUAAUGUUGGAUAUCUGAUUGGUUCGUUGAUCAGCGCGGUUCUAAUUGGGAGAUGUGAUUGUAAUUUUCUGUUAUUUGUGACAAUGUGCAUCUACGGCAUUUCUGUAUUCACAAUACCGUGGUGUUUCCUGCCACCAGCCAUGUUAGUAGCGCAGGCAAUCAGGGGCCUAUCAGGAGGCCUUCUAGAUACAGUUGCAAAUUCAGAGCUCUUGAGUCUAUUUGGAAAUCAAGUAAGUCCUUAUAUGCAGGCCAUGCAUUUUGCAUUUGCUACAGGAGGAAUAAUCAGUCCUUUGGUCACGGCACCAUUUCUAACAGAACAGUAUGAUAAUGGUGUCAAUUCGUCGAUAAUAAACCAAUCAUCAUUAGUUAUGCAAACUGGAAAUGUACAAUUAGAUAACGCUUCAUAUCAUUUGAAUAAUCUAACAACUGUGGAAAGAAAUACCACUUUCCAUUCGCCGAAGGAUUCCCGUAUAUUCAUUCCGUAUACAAUAUCAGGUGUCCUCGCCGUGUCUUCAUCUGUAUCGUUUUUGCUUGUUUAUAUCAAAUCCAGAAGACACGCCAAACGGCAUAUCGAUGAGGUAAAAAUUGAUCGAAAUGAACGUCGAUUAUCUUUCCUUGUCAAACUAGUAAUUUUGACAAUAAUGUCCAUAAUUUUUCUACUAUACACUGCGAUGGAAGACACCAUAGGUGCGUAUGUUGCAACAUUUUGUGUUGAACAGAUGAACAUGACUAAAGAAGAAGGAUCUUAUGUGACCGCCGUAUUUUGGACUUUCUUCGCAUUUGGGAGAUUAACGGGAAUCCCAAUCAGCAAUAUAGUUAAGUCAAUACCGUUGGUUGGUAUAUAUUCAUCUAUACUUGUGAUAUCUUUUCUGUUGUUAUCAUUUUCGCCUAUGAUAAAUUCUUCUGUCACCGUAUGGAUUUCUACUGCUGUGACUGGGUUUGCUAUGUCUAUAUUAUUCCCGACUUUGUUCACAUGGGCAGAAGAAGACUUUUUAUUGGUUACCGGUAAAAUUGCGUCAUUGUUCAUUAUGACAUCAACUUUAGGGUCUAUAACAAGUCCAGCGGUGUUAGGAUAUUUAAUUGAAGAAGUUAGUCCGAUGUGGUAUUCAUAUAUACUUCUUGGAGAAAGUGUAGGAGUGAUAAUUUUCUUUGUGAUAGCCAUUAUUCUUAAAAAGAAGCUUCCACAAUUAAAUGACAAUAAUGACAGGUCUAAUAAAGAAAUCAAAAUUGAUACAAAUUCUAGUCCUGAACGGUCUGUACUUAUGCAGGAUGUACCAGAAAAUAAAGUCGCAUAAAACUA